AUGAUAUAUGAAAUGAGACAUGAGAGAAAAAAGAGCGAUAAUAGUAAUGAAAUAAAGAUAAAAUAGAGAAAGAGUGAAGAAGUUUAGGUGAUUAACUAGAUUAAUUAAUCAGAUAGAUUGAAUUCAGAUUAUUCUUAAUUGAAGCAAUCAAUAAACAUUUCAGAUAGGUGUAGUUAUUUUGGGAUGGAGAAUCGUUUGUUAGGAUAAGAUAGUAUAUCAGAUAGAGUACAAUUUUAGAAUAGAGAGUCUUAAGAGGGAAUUCAAAAUAAUUUAGAGGAUGAACAACCAAUUCCUCUGAUAUAGUUAAUUGAACAUGAGAUUAGGGAUCGUUGUAAAGUGGAUAUAGUGAAACAAUUAAAUUGUUAGGGUGAUUAAAAUGAAUUUUAAAGAAAACCAGAAAUUGAAAUAAUUGAAUAUGAUGUAGAUUAAGACAUAAUCCGUAAACAUACAAAACAUUCCAGAAGAGAUUACAAAAUUGAUCCAUACUACAUAAAGUUAAUAGAUUUACAUGGAUACCAAAGAAUUAAACAUGAAUUGGAAGUAGUCCUCUUUAUUUACAUAUAUAUAGCAUUACAAUGAUACAUAUCCUUUGCUUCAAUUGAGAAAGACAAUAGUAUACUUAUCAUUUUUGAUUCCGAUAUUGGCUAAGACAAUCGUAAAUUCAAUAUGGUUUCAAUUAUUGAUGACAAUUCUUAUUCUUUUUAAUAUUGUUAUAUACAUAAUAGUAAAGACAGAACAUAGAGAAGAUACAGGUUAAAUAGAAUAAAUUAUAACAAUUCUCUUUUUUACAGAAAUAGGAUUAAGAAUUACAUCUUAAGGAUUUUUAUUUUCAAAAAAUGCUUACUUUGUAAAUUUUUCAAAUGUUUUUGAUUUUUCAAUAGUGCUUUUAUCAGCACUUAAUUUAUAUCGUCCUGAUUUAGUAAUAAUUGAUUUAUCACCAUUAAGAAUAAUAACUCUUCUAUAAUAUCUUGGAGAUAUCUUUGAUGGAUUGGGAGUGAUGCUUACAGCUUUAAAAUAAUCAAUCAAAUACAUUUUGGAAGCUUUGGCUAUUGUAGGAUUAUUUUCGCUUUUCUUUGCCUUGGUUGGACUUUAUUUAUUUUAAGGAUUAUUUAAUUAUAGAUGUAUAUCUCUUAAUCCAGAUGAAGGACCUGGAGAUAAUUGGAUUUAAUGUAAUGUAGAUUAAUGUCCAGAUUAAAUGAUUUGCUCAUUUGUACCAUAUACUGUUAAGGUUCCUACAUCUUUUAAUAAUAUUAUAUAUUCAUAUGGAUAAAUAUUAAGAACAAUUACUAUGGAUGAUUGGAGUUGGGUUAUGUUUUACACUAUAAGAAUAUUUAGUCCUUGGGUUUGGAUUUAUUAUCUAUUAAUCAUAUUUGUUGGAGGAUUCUUUGGUUUUAAUUUAGUGAUUGCUGUUCUUAAAACACACUAUGCUGAAGCUGCUGAAGAAUUCUCACAUUAAUAAGAAUAAUUAGAAAUUAAUCAAUAACUUUUAGAAUCAUAAUAAUCUAAUCAAACUUAAAUUAGAGAUACUUCCAAUAUUUUUGAUGUUGCUCUAUUAAAAGACAUAGGAUUUCAUAAAACAUUUUAAUAAUAUUACAAUUUACUUAGUACUAAUAAAUAAGUUUCUUCGUAUAAAUUAGAAGAUUUCCAAAACAAAAAUUCAACUCAACCACGUCUACUCUCUGCCAAACAAAAAAAUAAUAAUGAUAUCGAUGUAAAUUCAUCUUAUUUAUUUCUUUUAGAUGAAUCUCAUCCAAUCUAUCAUUUUGUUCUUAAGAGGACUUACUCUCAAAAAUAUACUCCUUACCAAGUUCUCCAAGCUUACCAAGUAAUAAUAACUUAUCAAUCCUAAAAAUUAUACUGACGAUGAAGAUUAUCUCAAAAUCUUAGAAGAUCUAAUGAAAUUCGAUUUCGCCUAACUCUCUAAAUAACUCAAUCCUAAUCAAUAUUAAUAAUUCUCAAGUCUUGAAGAUGUUAUGCCAACCUUUGAGUAUUUAUUAUUUUUAUUUAUUUAGAAAUUUACUUAAUGUCAAAAAACACUUCGACCAUAAGUAAAUUGAUUUCACAAAAUAUAACUUCUCAUUUCAAUAUACAAUACCCUUAACAAAUUCAUUCCAUGGUCAAAUCUUUAAAUCUAAUAUAAUAUCCAAUAGUUUUAAAUAUCCUAUCAAAAAAUCAUUUCGAGCUUAAAAACAUAUCAUUUAAGAAAUUUGUUCUCAAGAUUCAGCUACCUCCAGAAAACCAUGUAUUAGAAUGGAAAAAAAAAAAUAUAAAGGCAUUAAUAAAUAAAAAGUUAAAUCUAAAAAUACUUUUUAAUUUGUUAAAAAAAAAGGAGAUGUUAUUAUCUCUUUAUUUAUAUAAGGAUAAUAUUAAAAUUAUGAAGAAAUCUUAUUCAAAUUAAAAUAAAAAAUUUAAAAGGAAAAAGUUAAAUAAUAAUUUCUAGAAUAAGAAUAUUAAAAUAUUAGAAUAAAAGAUAUGAAAAAUAAAUUAAUUUCUGAUCUAAAUUGGUCAGGAAACGAUGUUAUUGAAACAAAAUAUUCAAAUACUAAUUUCAGAAGUAUAUUAAUUUCAAUGAAUAAAGUUGAUUUUGUAAUAUGGGUUAGGGGAAUAUUUGGAAAGAUUUUGAUUUUGAGAAAGUAUGUAAGUAGAAUAAUUUCUAGUAAAAUAACUGAAAUAGCAUUAGAUCUACUAAUUUUUAUCAACUUUACAUUUUUAUCACUAUAGGGAAUAGUUGAUUCUUAAAUAAUUUCUUAAGUUGAAGAUAUUACUACAAUUAUAUUGUCAAUAGAAACAUUUAUAAGAUAUUGCAGUUUUUCAUUAAAAGAAUUAUCAAAUAGUAAUGAAAGCAUUUUAUAAACAAUGAUAGUGAUAUUAAAUUUGAUAGAAUUCACAAUGAGUGAUUAUAUGCAUUAUUUAAGUGAAUAAAACUUAAGAUUGAUAAGGGGAACAAAAUGUAUUUUAUUUUAUAGAUGUCUAAAAUACAAUAGCAUGGCAGUAACUAUAGGUCAUAUAGCAUCAACAACAUUUAAACAAUAUAUUUAUUUAACAUUUUUAAUGUUUAUAGUAAUAUUUUUAUACGCUUUAGUUGGAAUGGAAGUUUAUGCUGGUAGAUUCGAUUAGAAUGAUGUAUUAGGAUAGUUACAUUCUUAUGAUAAUGUAUUAAAAUCAUUUAUGACUGUAUUUAAUAUAAUGACAAAUGAUGAUUGGUAUGGAGUAUUUGUAUUGGGAACAGACAUAAAUGAAACAUUUGCUGUAGUAUAUUCUUAUUCUAUGGUGAUUAUUUUAAAUUAUCUAACUUAUGGAUUAGUAUUAGCUAUACUUUUGGAUGGAUUUGGUAAAUAUUUGGAUAGACAAAUAUUUUCUGAAAUAGAGGAGAACGAGGCUCCUAAGAUAUUAACUCAAAAUACAGAAUAACUUGAAACCUAACAUACUUAAUAAUUUUCAGAAAUGAAUAAUUUAAAAUCCCUUCAAAAUAUUCAACUAUAAAAAGUUAAUAGUAAAUAAAAGAUUGCUUUGAUAUAACAUUUAAUAAAUUCAAUAAGAUAGAUUUAUUAAAAGAUUUAAGAUGAGCAUCCAGAUCUUUAUAAUGGUAUAAGUUGUGAAUAAUCUUUAUUCUUUUUUGAUAAAACAAAUCAUUUCAGAAAAUUGUGUAUGCUUUUAGCUAGAUCUAGGUUCUAUAUUUUAAUUAAUGAUUUAUCGUUAAUAUCUUCAAUAGUAAUAUUUAUAAUACAAACCUAUAAUGAUUAUGAGGAAGAUAAAGAAACUUAUCCUUUAGUUGCUUAAUUUUAUAUUAAUCUGAUUUUAGCUACUGAUUAUGUUAUAAAUGUUAUUGCUAAAGGAUUGUUUAUAGAUAAUGGAGCAUAUUUUAAUUCAAUUUGGUAGAUUUUAGAUGUUAUCUAUAUAAUUGCAUUCUUUAUACAAUAUGAAAAAGAGGAUUAUGUCAAACCAAUAUUCUAAAUUCUCUUAUACAUUGGAUAUUUCAGACCUUUUAACUUAUUAAAUAGAAUAACAUUUUUAAAUGUAUUAAGUUCUGCACUUUAUAAAUCAUUAGUUGAUAUAGUAAAUGUAUUAUUGACUCUUUUUUCAGUUUGGAUAAUCUUUGGAGUUUAUGGUAUCAUUUUAUAUGAAAGACAAUUUGGAUUUUGUGAAGAUAAAAUGUAAUUUGGUAUUACUUAUUAAGAAUGUAUAGAAUAAAAUAGAACAUGGGUUAAUUUUAAACAUAAUUUUGAUAAUAUUACUAUGGCCAUACCUACAUUAUUUACUGUUUCUACAUUUGAUGGAUGGGGUGAAAUGUUAUAAAUUGCUGAAAAUAGUGAUUACUAAAAUGUUGGACCUGUUUCAUUUAAUGGUUAUAUACAUACUUAUGUAUUUUUUAUUUCUUUUUGUUUUGUUGGUUCAAUGUUUUUUUUAAGUUUAUUUACAGGAGUACUUUUUUCUAAUUUAAAACUAAAUUAAAGAAAGAUUGAAAAAAAAGAUUUUAAUCAAAAUUAAAAAGAAUUUAUAGAAAUAUCUGAUAUUAUAACAAAAGAUAUUCCUGUAUUUUCUACACCACCAGACAAUAUUAUUAGAAGAUUUGCUUCAAUCAUUAUGAAUGAUAAUAUUAUGCAAACAAUCUUCUUUAUUAUUUUACUUCUCGAUGUAGUUAAUAAUAUUUUGUUUCAUUCAGAUAUGAGUACUGAUUAUUUAAUUAUAAUUAACUACAUACAUCAUGGUUUCUCAUUAGUAAUCAUCAUUUGGGGUUUAAUCUAGUAUUUGGCUUUAGGAUUGCUUAGAUUUUUUGAUAAUUAUUGGAGAUAAUUCCUUUUUAUUUUAAUUUUCUUUGCAAUUGUAGAUCUUGUAGCUGAUUUUGAAUAUUCAUGGGUUUAAAUAUACUUUAAAUCUAAUCCUUUAACACCUUAUUUUAGAUUAUAUAGAAUUUGUUUUGUUUUGAGAAGUUUGAGACUAAUUCUAAUAUUUUAAGGAUUAAUAAAUAUUUAGAGAUUAAUGAGAGUAAUGGUUUAUGCACUUCCAUUCUUGGCAAAAAUAUUCUUUAUAUUAAUAGAUACAAUGCUUGUUUUUGCUUUAUUUGGUUGUUAAUUAUAUGGAUAAUUAGAUUCAGGAUAAGUAAUGGAUGAAUAAAUCAAUUUUCAUAAUAUUGCUUAAGCAAUGCUUACUUUAUUUAAAUGUGCUUCUGGAGAUGAUUGGAGAACCAUAAUGACAGAUACUAUGCAUCAUAAUCCUAAUUGUUCAGAAGAUCCUUAAUAUUGUGGAUCAACUUAUAGUCAAAUUUACUUCUUUCUUUUUAUGUUAUUAUCAAAUUAUGUGUUUUUAAAUUUAUUUGUUUUAGGAUUGAUAGAAUAAUUUGAAUCUUUUUUUUAAGUUUAGAAUUCUAUUAUUCAAACAUAUGUAGAAAAUGAAGAUAGAAUUAAAACUAUAUGGUGUAAGUACUCUCCUGAAACUUAAGGAAAAGCAAUGCAUUAUAAAUUUUUAUGCAGAUUUCUUAUGGAUCUAGGUUCUCCUCUUGGUAGAGGUAAAGAAGAAAAUCUAUGGGAUGCUGCUAAAUAAGCAUCAGCUUUUAAAUUAAAAUGGUAAUUUUCUUAUAAAUAUUUUAGUGAUCACAGAGGAUAUAUUCAAUAUAAUUAAUUGAUUUAUGAAUUAUUUAGAACAUGCUUUUAAGAGAAUGUUUUUAAAACAGGAAGCAAAAAUGGUAUCAAAUAAAUAAAAUAAUAUAAUAAAGAAAUGCAAAUGAAAUUUAUGAAUUAUAGAAGAAAUCUUUUUAUUAAAAGAUCAAAUAUUUGUUUAGUUGAUUUGAGAACAAAUUUUAACAUUUUGCAUGAUUAUUUAAAUGUACUAAUUGCAUUCAAAGCUUGGGAAUCUCAUUCAAAAAAACUUAUUGAAAGAGUAAACUUUAAAAUUACUGAGUAUACAGAAAAUAUAGAUUCUUCAAAAGAAAAAUAGGAUGAUGUACCGUAACAUUUAUUUUUCUAUCUUAGUUUUCCAUAAUGCGAAAAUUCUAUUAUAAAUAAUAUCAAUUAAAUAAGAGGUUCCAUAUAAAUAAGUGAUACAGAUAGAUUCCAACCUAUGAUUACUGAUGAAAAUUAAACUAAGCAUCUUCUCAUUAGUUUAAGUUAAGAAUCUAUGUAAGCUCCAGAAUUACCAUGUUAUAAUCACUAAAAACUGUAAUAUUCUAAAAAUCUCUUUAUUUACUAGCCAAAAAGAAAUUGA